AUGGAUCCAGGAAUCCAAAUUUUGCAAGCUAUUAAUUCAAGUUCAGAUACAGUAGAGAGAGAUAGCUCUUUACUUCAUAUCAGGGAUUUGCAGGAGGAAGAAACUAUGGAUCAGAACAUCAAUCAAGUUGCUAGAGAUGGGGAUUUAUCACCUAAACACAUUUAUACAUUAAAGAGUGGUGGAAAGAAAACUAGGCAGAACAAUGUGGUUCCACUACAAGAGUUCAUGGAUCUUUUCCCAUCAUCUGAAGUCUCACAUAUUAUAAGGCAUGGAUCUGAUCAUGCCCCUCUCCAUGUUGUGUGUGAUACACAAGAGGAGGUGGUUGUUAAGCCUUUUAAGUUCCUAAAUUUUUUGUCUCAACAUCCAAAAUUUUUGGACUUGGUUCAAGACAACUGGUGCUUGGAUUUUGCAGCAAAUCCUUUCUUUGAAUUUCAAGCUACAAUGAAAAAGGCUGAGUUAAAUAGCUACUUGCACCUUGAAGAAGAACAUUGGAAGCAGAAGUCUGGUAUGAGGUGGUUCAAGGAUGGUGAUAAAAAUACUAAGUUCUUUCACUCCUAUGUCAAAGGAAGGAGGAAGAAAUUGGCAUUGCAGAGGAUCCAAAAUAGUCAAGGGGAUUGGAUUUCUUCUAAUGAUGAUAUAGGGGAGGAAGCAGUUACAUUUUAUCAGGAUCAGUUUAGAGAGCUGGCUACAAGCACUGAUUAUGAGAUGUUGAAGAAGAUUCCUGCUCUAAUCUCUACAGAACAAAAAUGA